AUGUCUUUACUUGGCUCUGAGUUUGAUAUGAAGGACUUAGGUCCUUCGAGUUAUUUCUUGGGUAUUGCUGUCACCCGUCAUGCAGGUGGCCUGUUUUUAUCUCAGUGUAAGUAUGCUGAAGAACUUAUUGAGCGAUCAGGCAUGUCGGCAUGUAAAACAUCUCCUAAUCUGGUUGACACUAAACCGAAAUUAAGCGCCCAAUCUGCCACUCUGUACUCAAAUCCUCAUCUUUAUCGGAACCUUACUGGGGCUCUGCAGUAUCUCACUUUUACCAGACCUGACAUCUCAUAUGUCGUACAAUAG